AUGGAAAGUCUUAACAAAGGCAACAACUCCACAUCAAACUCAUCAAUGAAUACUGAUGAUACCACCGAACCAGGUAGGCAAAUCGCCGGUUAUGCAAUGUCGGUGUUGACACUAUCAUGUGUGGUGGCCUCUUGGAUAUUGAAUAUCAUCGUCUUCAGAGCACUGAAUAAAGUAGGCGAGAAGAAAAUGAAGGUAAAGUUUUUCAUGCAAAGCGCCAUCGUGGGAGAUGUUUUGCUGUCCACCAGUUUGGGGAUGCGGACGAUUUUUGCAUUGGCUGGCGUGGACGAUCAGAACGAGAACGCUUCAGUAGCGAGUAAAUGUGCUAACGUCGUUUAUGACUUCUACGGCUAUUUCACUGCCUUCUACCAAAUCUUAUCAUGCAUGAUAUUGGCCAUGGAUAGAUUCUAUUCCAUCCUGAAACCUUUGGCCUACUACACCAUGGUAUACGGCAGAACGGCCAAGGCUUUGUCAGUCGGUGUACCAUUCGCUGUUGCAUUUAGCUUGUCCAUUCCAAUUGUGAUCCUGAAAAUCAAGCCAGAGGAAGAGCUGAUCUCGCUCUGCUACCGAGCGAACAAUUCCGCAAGGUACACCGAAGAGAUCCUGCCUUUUCUUAUCAUCGUGUUCGUGGUUUUCACAUUGCUUAUUUCCUGUGGCGUCUUCGUGCUUAUGGGAUAUCAGAAGAGAGCGUCGCGUGAUACACUUGGAGAGCAUAGGGACAACUUCAAGCGUCAAGUCAGGCUGGCCGUCACCUUCUUCUUUGUCCACAUUACCUACGCCCUGAUGUAUAUACCCGGUGCCCUGUACUUCUCGUUCCUUGCAGAAAAUCUACUCUCUCAACCGUACCUUAAUUUCUAUCUCGCUCAGGGAUCGCUUAUUAUCUACUUGAGCAACACGAUCAUCGACCCUUUGAUUUACAUGUUUAGGAUAGAAUCCAUUAAAACAUGUGUUAAGACCAUGUGCUGUGGAAAAAAUGGAGAAAUAAAAUGCAAGCUAGGUGUAACAACAUGGAAGAAAAAGACCGAAGAGAUUGCCACAAUAACUGGGGCAAGUCAAAUUGACAAUCCUGUCUAG